CUCCAUGUGAAGACCUGGUUUUGCACCUGACUGUAUCAACUGCACGGAAACUGCACAAAUAUGGCUGAUCUAGGUUUGAGCUUCGAUAAUCCACUGUUUAAGCAGUUUGCAUUUUACAGUGGCGUGGUGAUUGUGAAAACUAUGUCGAUGAGCGUCCUAACAGCCCUUAAUCGGAUCCGUAACAAUGCAUUCGCCAACCCCGAGGACUAUGCAAUAGCGAAGGCAAUGGACAAAGAUUUCAAACCAACAUCGCCCAACCCAACAGUGGAACGAAUCAGGAGGUGUCAUCUAAACGAUCUAGAAAAUGUCAUCACCUUCGUUUUGAUCGGAUUGCUAUAUGUAUCAAGCGGACCGGAUCCGGCUACUGCUGUGACGUACUUCCGGGUCUUCACCGGAUGUCGUCUCUUACACACAAUUGCUUACGUUGGUCAGUUACCCCAACCGUCGCGUGCGCUGUUGUUUUUCGGGGGAUUGGCUGUGUCCAUGCUGAUGGCAGUUGAUGUACUUCGAAAGGCUUCUUAUUAAAAUCAUGAGAAGUGAUUAGAAAGUCAUAAUAUAACAGU